AUGUGGCCGUUUACUUCGAAUAAUGGUAAGGAUACAUCCGAAAUUGCUAAAGAGCUCCCGGAGAGUCUUAGAGACUUUUUUAAAGAAAACAACCCAGAUUUGAAGCACGAAACGAUUUUCGAUGUUCCACCACAACAGAAGAGAGUCAAUGAAAUCCUACAUAAAUACCAGAAGGAUAAUGAAUAUUCGUAUGAGUUUGAUAAAUAUAAACGUAGAGAAACUCCUAAGAAAGUCACAUCUAUUAAUUGCGCCGAGUUGCAACAAAAAGUUAUAGAAUGUUUUAGAGGAUGGACAUUUACACUGACCAACCACUGCUCACAAGAAAUCAAGAAUAACACUUCCUGUAUCGAGAUCCAGAAUAACGCAUUGAAAAAGUUGUACUACGAUGAUUGCUAUAACGUAGAUCAAUGUACAAAGAUCAGAUUUGUUAUUGACAAAUUGUUUACGGAUAAUUUUGGUCAGUAUGGGGAGAAUAUGACUGAUGAGGGUAAACAAAAGUUUAAUGAAGAAAUUGAUAAAGCGUUCUAUAAGAUCUGGAAAUAA